UUUUCCGUUUGUUUUCCAGGAGAGGAAGCUGUCGGCCUUCCCGUGCAUUGAAAUUUGUUGCUCGCUCGUCACCAAUUAUAUGAUGCCACUGUCCCGCCAGACGGAUUUCUUUGUUCCCGAGAUGAGGGAUGAGGCCAAAGCUGAUGUGAAAGAGGAAGACUCUGAUGAAGACAGAGGAACUGACAUUACAGGUGCUGACUCUCACAGCGACACCAGCUCAGGAAGCGGCGGCGUUCCCUGGGACAGCCGAGAGACGUCGCUGGCCGCGUCCACCGCCGCCUCCUUGGCCUCUUCUCUCCCGCUGAGGGACGUGGUGGACGCGCAAGGAGACGUCAAGCACAGAGACGGCAGCGAGCGAGGCUCGGACGGCUCACUGGCCAGCGGCUCGUCCUUCGAGGAGCUCGACAUGGAUCAGGAGGAGCAGGCGGUAAAGGAGGAGGAGGAGGAAGUGGAAGAGGAGGAGGCCCCUGCGGGUGGCGAUAAAAAAUCUGGUGAACCUUUACAGGAGGAGAAGGUGGAGAAGAAGGAGCCUUUAGGGGAUGACGGCAAGGAGUAACGAGAAGCGAUGUUGGCCACUUAACGGCGGCACACGAGAGAGCGUCUCGUUGUUGUUCUUGUUGCUGGUCACCAUGUUACCAUGUCGCUGGAUCUAAACCCAUUCACAGCAAUUUUUAGUUCAUUUUAUUAACUCUUAAUCAUGAAAACAAUACAUCUUCAUAUUUAAACCAUGCGGUCACAUGUGCCAUAUACCUGAAGGUCUCACUGGAGAAACACCUGUGGAAACUUAUUGUAUUCGAAAUGAUUUGUUUUCAAAGGCAGUGUUGACUUCUGAUUGGCUCCGUUAGGGAAGCAUCGAUUUGACAGUAUUUUCUUAUUGUGGUUUUGGUUAGCAGUAUGCGACAAAAAGACGAGGCACAGUCAAACCUCAGUUCAUGACCUUAAUUUGUUUUCGUCAACCGAGGUUUGAUUGUAUAAUGCUGUGUAAUUCUAUGUUAAUGCAAACCGAUUAGUUCCAUUUUUAUUCAAUGCAUUAAUGUCUGACAACUUGUGUAUUUGUACACAUUCGUUUAAAAUUUGACCUACGAGCAUUAUUGAAAAGGGGGGGGGGUGGGGGGGAUACAGUGCCACCAGCUGGCAGUGGUGGAGUACUACUACCACCACAUGCCACGACUGUGAAGCAUCCCAGCAAACCACAAAAAUGAACAUUGAGGUAAAUUGACUCAGUCUAAAAUGAUCCCCAUUCAUUUUAUACAGGUAGAAUUUGUCUCAUUAGACUAAUGUAAAAAAAAUCACCGCAUUCAAUUGUGCAGGUGUACCUAAUGAAGAGUCCGAUAAAAAGUAGCACAUUUGGUCAUCAGUAUUCAUUUGUUAAAACGAUCUCAUGGAAAUGAUGUACAGUAGCGUGUCCGCGCGCCUGUAAUAAUAAAGCAUCAAAAAUGCCUUAA